UGUCGUAAAAUCUUAAACUCUACCUCCAAGCAGUCCAUUCACUUCACUUCCUGUUGCUAUUUGUGAAAAAACUUCCUGGUAUAUUUGUUGCAAAUAAGGCUGAACAUGAGAUGUUUCUGUAACAUGUAAAGGCAUUCAUAUGCAGCCAGUAUGUCUCGGCUCCGCUGGGCAUUCAACUGUGGUAGAUGGUCCCCAUCUGAGGCAGAAUGGACAAUGGCAGCACAGUGCAUUCAGCCAGAAGAAAAAGAAAGAAUUGGAAAAUUUGUCUUCAAGAAGGAUGCAAAGUCUUCCAUGGCAGGUAGACUUCUUCUCAGGAAGGUAAUAUCUGAGACACUUAAUAUUCCAUAUAAAGAUGUCAAACUAGGAAGAACUCCAAAAGGAAAGCCUGUGCUUGAGACCAAAAUGAAAACAGGAUUUCCAAAUUUCAACUUUAAUGUGUCCCACCAGGGAGAAUAUGCUGUAUUGGCUGCUGAACCAGUCUACCAGGUUGGAAUAGAUGUUAUGGACAUUGCCCAACCAAGAGGCUCAAAAUCAACUGCUGAAUUCUUUGAUCUGAUGAGUCGUCAGUUCACUGACCAUGAGUGGUCAAAUAUUAAGCAACCCACCUCUGAAAUGGAACAGUUGGGCAUGUUUUACAGACACUGGUGUCUAAAAGAGAGUUAUUGCCUUAAGGAGAGUUAUGUGAAGGCAUUUGGAAUUGGGAUUGGCUUCAACUUAGAGAGACUAAGUUUUCAUGUGAAGACCCCUCUCCAUACAGGGGUCAUUACAAGUGAUACCACCUUCCAUAUAGAUGGAGAAUUAGACCCAGCAUGGAGGUUUGAGGAAACAAAACUUGAUGAAAAACAUUGUGUUGCUGUAGGGAUAUGUACAGAUGUCAAACAAAUAAACAGGAAUUGCGGAAAUGUGAUAGAAACAUUAACAGACAGUGAAGAAUACAUGGAGGAAACAGUGCCAUCUUUUAAAAUGUUGACAUUCAAAGACUUAAUAGAUGGUGCUGAGGCUCUCACUGAACCUGAUGAAUUAUAUUGGAAGACAUUUAAUGCCAAAGAUGAAAUGCCUAGACGCUGGAAAGAUACGUAACAAAGAUACCUGAGAGAAAUGUCCACAACCUGCCAAUAUUUUGAAAUCAUGAGACUACAAGGUGCUGCCCUCUCUAUAGAAUAUCUCCAAAAAUAUUGCUCUGUAACUGUAAGGUGCUGCCCUCUUUAUGGAAUGUUCUGAAAACAAUUUCAAAAGUUAAUCUGUAAGGUGCUUCUCUUAUAAAAUAUCUCCAUGAAAUACCUCUCCCUGAUUCAGCCAUAUCUACUACUUUGUCUACUGAUAUAGAGAGUAAGCUGGAUUCUAUAUAUCAUAGGACUGGGAAAAAGAACUAUAGUAAAACCUGACUAAUCCGAAUGCCACUUGGACUGGCCAAAAGUGUUUAUAUAAGUGUUAUAUUUAGAUAGGCAGAUAUUCACGUUUUCAGGUUUUCAACUUUUAUCAUGGUAGUCUAUGUCGGUUUAAAAAGGUGAAAUUGAAAAAGUGUUCAUAUUGAGAUGUUUAGAUUCGAAACUGUAUUUGGGUUAUCCAGGUUUUGUGUAUCUGUCUGUUUUAAUAACAGCCAUGAUUUCUUCAUAUAUGAACAUCAACUAGACAUCAAUGUUAAAUCAUUUUCUCUUACCAACUGUGUCUGAAGGUUCAAACAAAAUUAGAACAAAAC